AAAUAAAGGCAAACGUUCGGUCUAGAUAUACUAUGUCUAUGGUAGAGACAGAGUAAAAAAAAAAUAAAAUUUUUAAAUUUGAAGUGAAUAAAUAAUUAACUAAGUUAUGCCAAAAGUAGUAUCGAGGAGCAUCAUAUGCUCCGAUACGAAAGAUCAGGAAGAAUAUAGUGAGGAGAAGCCGUUGCAUAUUUAUUAUUGUUUAUGUGGUCAGAUGACACUAAUUCUAGAUUGUGCAAUUGAAAAAUUGCCACUAAGGAAAAGAGAUGGAGCAAGAGUAAUUGAUGGCAGUAAACAUGCUCAUAAAAUGACUUCAGAGCGAGAUGAGAUUGUAUUUCUCAAGCGUCCAGAGGGAAUAGAAAAACAGUAUAGGCAAAAGUGUAAAAAAUGUGGCUUAUUGCUAUACUAUAAGCAUGAUCCAGGAGCAAAUAUAGUAUUUAUAGUAAAAGACUCAGUAAUAAAAAAUUCUGGCGAUGGUCCCAUGACUGACAUUUAUAAUCAAGUGGCUAUUGAGAAACCUAAAAAAAUAAUGGUUACAAAGCAUACCAAGAAUAUGGGAAAGUUCAGCUCUGUUACUGUGUCCACGAUUGAUGAGGAAGAGGAUGAAAUUGAAGCUAGAGAAGUUGCUGACUCAUAUGCAAACAAUGCACGCAUCAUAGAGAAACAGUUGGAACGAAAAGGUAUGAAUAAACGAAAAUCUAUACCAUCCACUGAAACUGAUUCAAAGCGGGCAAGACCUAGAGGAACAUUACUGGAUGUUUGAUUUUUCAUUGAAUUUCUGUGAAUACCAUAAUUUGGAUUCAUCAGUGAAUUUGGAGAGUCUUGUAAUUAUGUACAAUAUAUAUAAUUUACUAUAUAUUUAUAUAUUUAAUUAAAAUAAAUUAAUUCAUUUGUUAUAUAUUGUCAUGAAUGAAGAUUAUAUAUUUUUUUUUUGAUAAGUUCAAAAUGCGGAAAAAUUGCGACCUCAAUUAUAAAAAUGAAAUAUCUAAUAGUUGAUAUAAGCCUUAAAGAAAUGGUUUAAAAGAAAUUUUUGAUGUCAACAUUAUUGUUUGGGUAUUAGAAAUUUAUAUAAAAUAUUUUCCGAAGAAUAUAUAAUAGGUGUGAGAAAUUGCAUGAAAACAUUUAACAUUAUAUUGACAUAUUUAUUAAUAUUACACAAAGGUAAAUAAUUAAAAUAUAUAUAAAUGACUAGAUACAAAUAUUGCGUAAAAAUGUACAUUGCAAAAUAGAAAUUUAAUAAAUAAAUACAUUGGUUAUACAUACA